CGUCCUCCGAACGCGAUCGUUCCUCUCCCGUCUCUCGCUCGCGAGUUUUCCGACCGCUUUCCGCGACGUGACGAUCGCGAUAUAACACUCGCGCGAAUAUUUUAACGAUACAACGGAAAUCCGCCAGAAAAUCGGGAAUCGCGUUACGAUUUUUCCGCGACUUUGUCGUUUCAAUUUCUCCGUUGUAUUUGUGUUAAGGCUUUGUGCCGAAAACCACGUGCGAGGGAACGGAUUACGCGGCUGGCGAGACUUCGAGGCGUUCUCAUCGGAAUGACGUUGUAGCCGAGGGUCGCGGGCAACGCGAGGAUAGGAAGAGACCCGGGACCAGGAAGCCAAGAAUGUCGGCGCAAUGCUCGCGCUUCGUCGAGAACGCCUGGAAAAGGGAGCUCUGCUCGAAUUGCUUCAAGUCGAGGGAAGAACACGUGGACCACGUGGACUCUUCGAGGUCGACCUCGGGAAAGGUUCCGCCGACCUCGAAGACCGUCUGCAAAAAGCUGCAGAGCAUCCUGAAACCGAAGACGUCGAUCCGGGGGAAGAAGAGGGUCGCGUUCCCGGAAUGCCUGACCCAGAUCAUCGGCUACGGGGGAGAAGACUUCUCCGACCCCGAAGACUUCGAGAUGAACGAAGAGUCCAGCCUGGAGGAUGAAAUUCCGGACAGCGAGGAGGAAAGAGCCCUGGGAAACCUGACGAGAGCCAACACGAACUUCAACACGGUUACGGCGAACCUGACGGAGGUUUCCUCGGAGCCAAAGAGGUCCUUCGCGACCUUGAUGCUGGGAAAAGUGCAAAAAGACUCAGAGGGGAAGAAGAAGACCCUCCUGGUGUCCGUGACCCCCUUCGGCGGGGACGACAGGGUCCCCAUGGUCCCUCGACCUAGCGACAAAAGGACUCCGACUCCGCGGAAGGAAGAAAACUUCUCGAGAAGAUCUUGCGAAAAUGUCCUCGAAAAAUGCGAGGUGACCUCAAAGACCACGAAAGGCCCCGAAGAGAAGCCUACGGAGGAAGGAAAGAAGAAGGACGCUUCUUCGGGGCUGGAAAAAAUCGUGGACAUGCCGCUGAUAACGUCCAACAGCCUGAUAUCGGUGAUGCAGAAAACCGACAACGGGUCACAGGAUACCGAUAAGAGACCUUGCGAGAAGAGGACCUCCAUUGCGAGGAGUCCAGCCAUUAAAAAAGCGGAUUGCGAGAAGCCAAAGAUAUCUCUUCAGAACGCGUAUGGGGGAAGGUGCGAAUACUCGGGCAGGAUGACGAGGCAGGACUCGCGGAUGGAGAACGGAGUAGCCUUCGACUCUGGCAUCCAGUUGACAUUGACACCCUUGACGAAGCCCAACGUCAUCGAGGACGACGAAGAGGUGUCCAGAUCGGAGAGGUGCAAGGACGCGAACACUAUCACCGUGAAAGUGGAGAACGAGAGCGAGAACGCCGGGCCCAAGAUGGCGGACCGCAAGGUCGAUGGCGAGGCCUUGAAGAGCUUCGGCCUCGAGGUCAGUCGGGAGUCUGCCGGAGAACCCGAUGGAAAGGCCGACGAAGAGGAUAUUCUGGAACCUCCGGCCCUGCCGAGGAGCCCUCCACCGAUCGAGACCAGGACUUGCAGGAUCCCUCUUCAAGGUGAAGCUACCACCUUGGAGGCCAAAACCAAGCCAACCGUUCCUCAGAAGCCGUCCACGAUGCUCUGCAAAUCGACAUCUCCGCCCAAGUCCUCGCCAUCGUCCAAUCCGAAGAAGACCUCGAGCAGCUACGUGCCCCCUCCACCCUCCAUCCAAAACGCCGCUCUUCAGGGUACGCGAGGUCUUCAGCUUCCGGAAGGGCGCAGUUCUCCAGUCUGCAAGUCGGAAGAGAUUCAGCCGGACGUUGCGAGGCCCAGUCAAAAUUCGAGUCAGAGUCAGUCCUCGAAAUCUCACCGACUCUGCGAGGAGUCGAAACUCGACGAAAGCAGCAAGGUCCAACUGGAGGCCUCCUCGAGUUCUACUUCGAGCUGUACUUCAAGUGCUUCUUCCUGUGGUCAGUCCGUGACAAGUGGCCACCGUUCGUCGAGUGGUAAGACCUGUUCGGCACCUGCAGGUCAUAAGUCGAAGCCUCCACCUCUGUCUCUGAGCAAGGUGUCCAAGGACGAGAACGAAGAGGACGACGAAGAGCAGGCUACCAUUUCGGCCGAGGUGACUGCCGAGCUGAUUCGGUCCCCAAAUAAGAGAAGGAUGGCUCCGAAGCCUCCGGCGACGCCGACGGAGGAGCUUCCGGCUUCCAUGUUCGCCAGGAAUCCUGCUGCGAGUUCCAAGUCCGAUUCCCCCGUGGUUCGGGAAAAGGAAAAACGGGAAAGGGCUUCGUCUUGCAGCCCGAAGUUCCGAAAAGCCGUCAGCGAGGCUCCCGAUCCUUGCCCGGAGGCACCGGAAUCGAAUUCCAGGAGGAACAUCUCUUUAUCCCAGGACAGCCUCGCCAACAACGAGAAGAUGGAGGAGAAGAAGAAGACGCGCUCCAGGUUUUCGCUGAAGAAGUUCCUGAGGAUGGGGUCUAAGAAGGACGUGGACACGAUCGGUGGGUCUGGCAGGAUUGACGAGAUCCCCUGCACUCCUCAGCCUAAACCUCGUCUGGAGAUCAUCCAUCCUUUGGAGCUGGAUGGCGCCGCGGUUGAGGUCCUUGGUCACGAAAGGAUCGCCAAGACCGGAGAAGACGUCGUGGAUUCGAAGAACGAAUCUGGUCAGAAUUCGCAGACACAGUCAGCUGGUCCACAUCACGCCACGUCGAGACCCGGGAAACCACCACCACCUCCCAGGAACCAAUCUCUGGAUGACUGGGCAAGACUCGACCCUGCAAAUAAGCCUGCCAGGCCUCCUCCUCCACGAAAUGAUGGAAAACAUCCCCCAAAGGGCGACAAACCCCUCGCGAAGAGCUGGCAGCCCUCGGCCUCUACUUCCGACUCGAUUUACGCGAAUCUAGCUGCGGAGGAUGUUGCAGGUGAGGUGCGCAGUGCCCUGGCACCAUCGAAACCCCAAAGAACGGCCAGCAUGAGGGACCAGACCGUCACCCAGCCACCCCUUAAGAAGCGCGACGUCAGGAACUCCACCCAGGAGUACGAGGCCAUCGGCUCGGCCCCGCCGACCUCGGAUUCCCCGACCUCGAGCGACAGCCACGUCUACGAGUGCCUGUCCAGUUCGCCCGAGUGCGACUCGAAUCUCGAACUCCGCCAUGAAGAGGGAAAGCAGCAGAGAUGCAAACGAAAGUCCGAUAGCAGUGCGAUGGACUCGAGUGCGGACUUCAAGUACCAUCAUCAGCCCUUCGCCAGGUCGACUUCCCUGCCGUAUUGCGGGAGCGAGACGGAAAGCGAGCUCUAUGCCCCCUACAGCUUCUACACGGGAGACGAGGGAGCCGAAGAAGACCAGGACUGGAAGGGCAAGGACGAAGAGUCCAAGGUGAGCAGGCUCAGACAAAGAAGAGGCAGAAGUAUCGUUCAUCGCAGCUUAGAGGACAAUUAUGGGGCCGUGGUGGUAGCCAAUCACGAGGCCCUGGCUCAGCUCCUGGAACAACUGAACCAGACGUCCCCGAUAACCACUGGGCUGCGGACCCUGAAAACGUCCAACCCCAGGUUCCGCGACUUUAAGCUCGACCCCGGCACUUCGGUCCCGAUCGGCAGACGGAUUUUCUAUUCGGCGACCUGGAACGAUCAGAACGUCACUCUGUGCAUCGCCUUCGAUCCCGUUUUGCACGUCUCUCGAAAGGAAUUCUAUCUCGUACCGAUCGUGGAGUUCCCGGACUCCGUGCCGGACGACGUCCUGAAGAACGUGGGAACCCUCGUCGUCAGGAAGAACUUCGAGGCAACGAUCUCGGUGCUGCCUCGUCUUCAGGUGAACACCAUCCAGUCCUUCGCAGCCAUGACGAAGGACUCCAAGGAAGAACCCUCCAGAGAAUCGUCCUUCGUGCUCCUGCAGUUCGUCAACGCUCUGAAAAAUCUGCAAGCGAGAGGGAUCGAAGAUGCACCCCGAGAUCUGAGCAACGUCGUGCUCUGUCGAGAGGACAAGGACGCGUGCUAUCGACUGUACCUUCUUCAAGGACUAAAUGUGGACGUUGGCGAGGAGCGCGAAGAAGAAAGGGACUCGCUAUGUCAAUGUGCAUUGGUUGCUCUGGAGGAACUCUUCCUGACCAGCAAGCUUCCCUUGAUCCAAGAACUGCUGAAGAGGGAGAAAGCUGUGACGCUAUCUCUGGUGAAAUCCGUGCUGGAGUUUUCGUUGUGGGGACCAGCGGAUGCAACUUUCGGUGGUCCUCGAGAACGAGAAAUUAUGCUGCAGAGAUGGCUCGAUCUUGAACGCGCGACAGUUUUGCACGCCUUGGUCAGAACCAGAGCUCCGUUGACGGUCACCGAUGAAUAUCAUCUUCUCUUCCUGGUGAGAACCAGUGCGAAGAUCAUGUGCGAAGCUUCCCUGCUUCUGGACAAACAGAGGAACGACUCGAUCCGGACGAAUUGACGAUAAAAUAUAAGAAUUAAUUUAAAUCUGUAUGAUAUCUCUUGUACCGCUCAACCCUCGACGAGGAGGUAGCGAGCCUAGGACCUAGGUUUUUAUAAGCGACUUUUGCAACAUUUGUACGUAACUAGGAUUAAUCCGCACCUUGUAAAUACUCUUCGUUAAUUUAUAAUCAAAACUGCCAGAAUCCCCUGGACUGGAGGAAUCAGCCGCGUCUCUUCCAAGAAGCCAAGUCAAUUCGAUAGAUCUACCUUUAUGAGACGUUUUUAUAUACAAAUAUAAAUUAUAUCCAAUGUACAUCACUCAUAAACCCUUGUUGUAAUAAAGAAUGUUCAAAUCUAA